GUUUUUUUGGAGAGGAGAAGUUGGCAAAGGGAUGUGACUGCGAUGAUGGCGCUGCAGCUGAAGAACGGGGAUGCAGCGUACUACCAGAGUGCAGAGUACUGCAGAAAUUACACUUCGCCGCCUGUCAGCUACGGUGACAGCAGCCAUUAUCUUGCCCGAUUGCCAGGCCCAGAGACCAUGUUGAAGCCUCCUCUGAGUCUCUUCAGCCAUCCCCAGCAGCCUUUCCAACACAUGGACUCUCUGCACCAGCUGGGACCCCCGCCAAUGGCUCCUACGCAGCCUCUUGGCCCACCACCCAUGGCCCCUGCUCAGGCCAUUGGACCCCCAACUAUGGUUCCCCAGACUCUAGGCCCCCCUCCCAUGACUGCAACUCACACAUUAAGGCCUCCCCCUAUUACCCCACCACACAGCUUAGGCCCCCCUCCAAUGGCCGCAGCUCAGCCACUGGGGCCUCCACCAAUGGCGCACACGAUGUUGCCCCCACCUGUAGAUCACACUCAAGCAAUGGUGCCUCCAACCAUGGACCUCACACAGCCGUUGGGGCCUCCACCUCUCAACCCUGCACAUGCAAUGGUGCCCCCACCCGUAGUGGCGCCUGGAGCCAACAGAUACCCGCUCCCUCCCAGCCCACUGUCCUCCCCUCCUGCGCCGGGCCCAGACCCUUCACAGAUGCCCCCAAGGCACCCAGGACCGGCCCUCAUCCCAGCCCCAGUGUCCUGCCUCAUCCCUGGUCCUCUCCCGGGUCAGGCAGCCCCAGCCAGCGAGCAGCCCCAGGAUGAGGGCUCUCCACUGGGGAUGGAGGAGCAGGAUGACUCUCUGGGGCUGGGGGAACUGUGUAAACCACUGUACUGUAAACUCUGCAACGUUACCCUCAACUCCGCUCAGCAGGCACAGGCUCACUACCAGGGGAAGAACCACAGUAAAAAGUUAAGAAAUUUCUACGCUGGCAGUCAACAGCCUCCAGCCAUCAGGAUCCCAGAAGUCCUUGAGGCAGCUGGCCAGACGUCCCUCAGCUCAGGAUCCAACGACAGUGACGCAGGCAGACAGGCGUUGUAUAAGGGGGCGACCCGGGUCAUCUUGGCCACAGAGAAUGACUAUUGUAAGCUUUGUGACGCCUCCUUCAGUUCACCGGCAGUUGCGCAGGCUCACUACCAGGGCAAGAACCACGCCAAGAAACUACGGCUCGCUGAGGCCCAACAAAACUCCAUUAACAUGGAAGGCAGCAAUGAGGCAGCCCCAAGAAGAAACAGGAAAGAUGGCAGUGAGUACAGACUGGUGAAAAACCGCCGCAGCCCGCAGCUACCCGCUUCUAUGCCAGGGCCGUACUACAAUCCAAGACCAAGGCAGCGCAUCCCCAGGGACUUGGCUAUGUGCGUCACUCCCAGUGGACAGUUCUACUGCUCCAUGUGCAACUGCGGAGCCGAGCAAGAAACGGACUUCAGGCAACAUCUGGAGAGCAAGCAGCACAAAGCAAAAGUGUCAGAGUUAAGAUACCGCCACGAGAUGGAGAACCUCGGCUACAGCUAAGAGACACGAGAGGGGAGGGGGGUGGGAGAGAAAAGAUAGAAGUGAGUGGGACAGAAUAGUUGGAGAGACAGUACAAGACCAAAGUGCAGGAAUGUGUUUGAGGGGCAUAUUUAGUGAAGGGAUUAGCCCUAAUGGCCUCAAGAUCCUGUUGCAAUUCAUUUGAUAUAUGGAUCAAACACUAAAAUCCUCAUAUUUGACAUAAUGCUUUACCAUAUGAAGCUAUAAUUGGAUUUGAUGGAUUUAUUUGAGCUGGGUAUUACUCUUGAAAUACAGUCUGUAUAAUGAAGCAUGCGGCAACAUGUAUGCAGAGAUCAGGAGCCAUGCAUUGGAGGAAAUAGUAUAUUUUUGACGUACAAGUCUUGAGACAUAAAAACAGUCUGUUUUAUGCUCUGAAUCAGAACAUUUGAUCCACCUCCUUUUUUAUACUGUUUCUGAUCCACUUUCCUCCAAGGCUUUGAGUGGGUUGCAUUCUGACUCAGGAUACAGGUAAAUGGAAAUGAAUUGCAAGUAAAUCUUGAGCUUGUUCGGGCUACGGGGAGAAGACUAGUGAUGCACAGAGAGCCAAUGUGACAGGAGAGGAAGCAUAGGAACAGUUGGAAAAGACUGGGACAUGCAGAGGGUUCAAGCAUUAAGAGAGAAUCUAAAAUGUAAAAAAAAAAAGAGAGAAACUGGUUUGAGGAAGGAGACACGCAUAGAGGCAAACAGUUGAGGUCAGAACAAGUCUCAUCUUUGGGAAAACAAUCAUGACUGAGGUCAAAGUUUUAGUUUGAGACUUGUUUUUUUCAAUUCUUGUGUGUGGAUCAGCCCUACAGGUAUUUUAUACUGGCCCAACAGCAGGGACUACAGAGCCACACGGGACACAAAAGAGCAAAUUCAACAUCUUUAUAAUCUAACACAGGUAUUAAAAUCCAAAGCACUAUUUGCUAAUUAAAAAAAACAAACAAAGCACAAUGAACAACAUCAUGUGGAAAAAAACAGUGUUACAUGAAUCUGUUAGCCUUAGCUGACCUCUUAGUGGUCCUUUGGUGUGUAUCAGGCUGCAGGCUAGACCAUGGCUAGCCUUGUUUGUGCCUUUAGUGAGAAUUAGGCUAAAGAGUAAGCUUUGGCUAUAGCCAUUUUGGAAAUAUAGUGGAAACCAAUCUACAGUAUUGAUUGGGUUUUUCUAUAUUCUGUCAUCUCUCUUCUUGUAUUAAAUCCACACAAAUAUUAUGUAAAUAUUCUCAAAUGACAUUGUAGAUAUAAAUAUAGUAUAAUAUACAUGCAUACUAUUGAUUCUUUGGUUAAUGUUAGCCUAGCAUAUAUUGUAAAUACUCAUAAUCUAUUUAAUAAUGAUCAGGAAUCUUGUACAAAGUGUGCACUGACUGAAUGUCUACCCAUCAGCACUGUAUGUUUGUGUGUGGAUUUUACUGUAGACCCUCCACACCACUUUGGGUGAUGCCCUCGUUCAUUGAUAGUAACUCUGGUACCCUCCGUCUGUGGUUAAAGGCUAUUAGUCAUCACUUUGAUCGUGCUGGACGACCACAUGCUUCUUCUGAGGCACGGUAUGAGCUGAAUCUUUGUCUUGGCAAUACAGCCAGACUGUGAGGAAGAAAUGUACAAACACAUUGGAAAACUUAUAGGGAUGCGUGCAGCCGAAAACUCCAAACUUCUAAUUAGUUUUGCAAAUGGCAAAUGAACAUGUGCAGAGCUCGUGGAUGUUUUUAGUUGUAAGACAUAUCAUUUAAUUCUCCCACUCACUCUUGAUUCCUAGAGGGGGCAUAAGCAGGUUUUACUGCAGUGUGAAACAGCUGCAGAGGAGUGACAUGGAUUUUGUCUGGAUUUGCAGACAGAUUUUUGUUGUUGUUGUUGUUUUUACCCUGUAUGACCCAGGUCCAGCUGUUUUUCAGUCACUAGCCCAUCCUGAAACGAUCAGUUAUGUAAUUGGAAUCAAAUUUGAUUUUCUGUUUCUGUUUAUUUGAUUUUCUGGUCCAGUUCAGUUGCUGAGCUGAACACAGUGCAGUUACAUGGCAUUUGGAGUUACACAGUCACACUUGAAAUGACUUAAAAGUGUGUAUUUUGCCUUAAAUGUUGUUUAUGAUCUUCAUUACAUUCAGAAGACAAUGACAGGGUCAUAAAAUUUACAUUUUUAUUGUUUGAAACACAAAACCUGUCUUUUUUAUUUGCAGAUUGUUUCCUUUAAAUAGGAAAAACGAUCAUAUUUAUGCCUCAAAAAACAUUUUAUGUAGCAGCUGAAAGGAUUUUCCAUCUAGAUUUAGAUGGAUAGAACAAGACAUGUUUCAGCUAUACAGUAUACACUAAUUGAAUGCUUCUGUAGUUCAAAAGAGGAGAAGAACCUUCCUCCUUUCACUUUAAAUUGGCUUUUCCAACUUCUCCUGCAGAGCGGCCGUGCACACACACAUGCACGCACACUCCCACAUAAUUCAAUCAGUCAAAGGCCUGAUCGGGUCACAUAAUUAGAUGUGUUAUAAAGUGAAAUGAAAGCAGCAUCCUGGCUUUCUCUCUGGUUGGGUUGGUUUGCUGUGGGGAGAGGCAGCUGUUCCCAUCUUACAUAUGUCUCUAGAGCACAAACACACACCUGAUCACACACAUGAGGACACUCAGGAGAAAAGCACUGUGAGGACAAAGUACUGUGGUGUUUAGGGAUUUAAACAUGUGAGAGAGGAACAGCCAGAGAGGGAGAGACAAACACAACAUAGAAAAUAAAAUGGGAGGCUAUUUUUUAUUAGCCCACUGUGCUGUAUGGUUUAAUCAAAAAGGAACAAAGAGGAGCUGAUGAAAGCAGAGCUGUAACCAAAGCUGUGGGUGAGACACAGGUAGUCAAGGAGUUCUUCACAUCCGACGGAGUUGCAGUCUGUUAAUAGCAAUCCUCCUCCACCUAGAAAUAACACGCUUUGUAUUACAUGAAGGCAUGGGUAGCAUAACCUUUUAUUAUGUUGACAGGCUCUUGGAUUUAGAAUGAGAGUCACACUCCAAUGCAGCUUCUUAACACCUUCAGAAAAUGCAUGAAAGAAUAGACUGCAAUGGAAUGGAGGAAAUGAGGAGAUCAUAGGAAAAUCAGGCUGCUAAGAGUCUUUCAGGGAAGACAGUAGUCUGGAAACCUUUUUUGUUUUCGUUCUGUAAUAGACUCCCUUAACCAGUUUUUCCCAACCUUUUUGGCUUGGGAUCCCUUAAAAUAUGCCAAUAUCUACUUGAGACCCCUCACCACAGGUUUUGGGCUGUGUGGAUCAAAGAUUGUUUUUUUGUCAGAUUGACAAAAUAGGCAACUGUCCUGGGGCCCCAAACCCUACAGGUCCCAAAAGUCCUAGGUUCACAGCCUGCGAUUACAUUUUGUUACUGUACUGAAAAUUUGUCAGGGAGUUUGUCCAUAAGGUUUUACAUUAUUAGCUAAUUUUGCGAUCCUGUCUUGUAGAGAAAAAAUCAACUGAGACAUAGAAAACCCAGGGACAGGUGGUAUCUUUUUCCUUUAAGAUUUUUUGGGGCAUUUUUAUUGGACAUAAAAAUAAAUGAAAAAGAAAACAGGAAAUAAGGGAAAGGUAACAAUUAAGCUACUAUGAUGCUCGCCAGGUGGUAUCUUUCCAGCAUAUCAGUACUGGUUUUGGAGCCUCUGGGCAAAUAAUGUAGCUACCGUGUACAGAUUGCACUGUACUGGAUGGGAACUUGGGGACAGGAUACAUAGAGUGUGGGAGGUGGGGAACCCCAAUGACAAAUUCUUGCCCUAAAAUUUGAGAAAAUGUGCAAAAAAACAAAACAAAUAUAAUUUAGUGUGGCAGAGACUAUACUUUCUUCUCUGGUCAUCUUGUAACCACUCACACUACUCUUCCUCUUUUUUUCUUCCUCUUUUUGUGAUAAUAUUAUAUAUAGUUAUUAUACACUAUAUCAGUCAGGACACUCCAAGAGGCCACAAUAGGAUAUAUAUGACUACAUUUAAAAGUAUUUAUGAUAAUUAACAUUUCACUCAAAACCUCUUUGUUCCUUUCGAAAGAAUUCUGAAGGGAACAGCUCAAAAAGUGCCAUCUUAUGGUAUUUUUACUUGAUUCAAGAAAGUCUCAAAACCAGCAGGCUCUAAUUGAAAAUAAAUUGCAUAGCCUGAAAUAACAUAGUAAACGCAAUUUGUAGUUAAUGGGCUAAAACACGCCAAACCACUGGUAAACUGCCUCUUUUCUACAGGACUAUUUUUGGAUGAAUAUUGUUGCAGUGAAAAGCAAUUCUGCAUCUAGAGAUCAUUGGUUGCACAAAUGUUUUAAGCAGUCCAAAGCCAACAAAAUCAAGGAAAAGCACUAUGCUAAAUAAAGGCAUCUAGGUAUAAACCGCCAUUAACUGUUAAGAGGUUUAAUACUUUUUAAAUUGGCACUGUUAUUUGCUCUGUGUUCAUUUAAUUGAUUGGAUUGCAUUUAAAAAAAGUCAGUUUAGUUGUUGUUUGGUCUGAUGAUAUGUUGAAAUAGUUCAAAUACCCGAGGCACUGUUUUUGUUUUGUUCUGUGUUUACUUGUUAGAGACUAUACCGGUUGACAACUAUAAUGUACUGAUAAUUAUUAGUUUCACUGUUAUUAAUCAAUGCUGUUAUCUGAAUGCGGAUGUGUUGCAGCAUCAUUAUAAGUUGAACUUCAGUGCUUCGUUGUAAAUGACCGAGAAGUGUUACAUAUUGCACCGUAUAAAUUGUAUCUGGUUUAUUUUGUGCAUGAGUAAAGUCAUAUUUAAUAACUGUUUCUACUAUUGAGAGAAAAUAGGACAGUGAGGAUGCUGUUCGUUUUCUCUGAGGUUUAUAUGGCUGGUUGGUUGGAAAUGUCUGUAUGCUGUGCUGCAUCUACAAAAGGGCAUUGGGAAGAAUCAUGAUUUUGCACUGAAUAUAAAAAUACACUUGUGUCUAUAAAGAAAAUUAUGCUACCAUAUGUUGUUAGUUUAAGUGAAGACUUUGCUACCAUUGUCAUUAUUUGCCUCUUGAUAAUUGAUAUCCUGAUGUUUACAAUGUGAGAAUUUGAAGCUGUGUGGAUGUGUAUCAUAUUUGUAACUCUGCGUGUUUAUCCACGUGUUGCACUGUUGGACUGAUCAGACCAGGGUAGAUGGGAAACACUGUGAGGUUGAGAAAAAACACUAUGUGACUAAAUAUAUUUAUCCAUUCUUUCAAUUACAUUCGACACCACUAGAAUGAUUUUGACAAUCCAAAGAGAUUAUUAUUUUUGAAUUAUUACAGUAGAGGUUUCAUGGGUUCCCAAAUCAGUUGUCUGGUGUCUGCAGAAAAUGUAAUACACAUUAUUGGGUCAUCACUUUUCUGUUUACCCAAAAGGCUUCUUCAGUCCAACUGUUGUGGUAUUAGGUAACCAUUCUCACUGGUAGUGCAGGAACAUCCACUGUUAAAGUCCUCAAUUGCAAUCACGUCCCAGUAACAAUUAGAACCAAAGAAGCUUUUUGGAUGACCAGUUAAAUUGCAAUUUGGGUCAAAAUGUUAUUUGUUUUAUAGCUGGAUUUAGCACAGUAUCAGAUUUUGGGAAAUUUGCUUUUUAACUUGAGAGAUAGAUGUGAAGAUUGAUACUACUUUCAUGUCUGCGGAGCUAGAGCCAGGAGGUUAUUAGCUUAGCUUAGCAUAAAGACUGGAAACAGGGGGACACAGCCAGCCUGACUCUGUCCAAAGUUUAGAAAACCCAUCAUUUUAAAGCUGUAUGUAAAUGUAAUUAGUAAGAUUUAAACAUGCUGGUAGGCAGAUUAUUUUAAUUUCGGAGAGAGCUAGGCCAGCUGUAUCGCCUCCUGGUUCCAGCUCCAUAGAUACAAGAUUAAUAUCAACCUUCGCAUUUAACUCUCCACUCUACAAAAGGCGUAUUUUAGCAUGCAUCUACUGUGUGUGCCUGUCCAUUUCAACUCAAUCAAACCAUAUAGAGAUUGGUUGCCUCACAUAAAAAAGCCCAUGUAUUCUGGUCUUCAGAGUGAGUCAGUCUUACACACUGACAGAAUUCAGGACCCCUCAGCUCCAUCUACUGUCAGGGGCCCCAAACCUCCUAGCAGCACCCCUGUAGGACAGUAUAUACUCCUGUACUCUCUGUGAAAACCUCAGCACACUUUCAGUGCCUCUGAACAUUGUUGCCAAUAUACCACUGACUGACUGAAUGGAUGCCUGGACGAUUGAUACACUGAUUACUGAGGCUGUGUGUGUGUGUGUGUGUGUGUUUUCUGACAGAUGAAUAAACGUGCAGAUGAUAUUAAUAACCAAGCUGAGUUGAUGAUUAUUGCAAUGAAUGUGUGUCUUGUGUGUUUUCUUCCACGGCUCAGCUUGUAACCGCUCCGGGGGAAAUAACCGUUCUGUUAGUGGAUGCUGUUAUUGGCUGUCAGGGAGAAGACGCCCUACAUAGCCCAGUUUCCACUGCACUGAUAGUCAGGCUUUACUCGUUAUUCUUAAAAUUACUUCUGCCAAGAAAGCUGUUCUCGUGCCCCUGGUAGUUUGUUUGUUUGUUUGCCUGUCAGCAGGAUAUCUCACACACAUUAUGAACAGAUUGCCUGAAAUGUGGUGUACUGGCCUCAGGUUUAAGUUAGUUUUUGCUAAGGAUCCACAAACUUGGAUUUCUGCCAUUGAAUGAUUCUUUUGAGAUGCUUUAAUUGGGCCUGUACUCAUCAGGAUAGAGCACUAGCAUAUUAAAUGGCUGUCCAGCUUUCUUAUUACUCAGUGCUGCCACUUUUUAAUGAAUGUAUGUAGGUACUAAUUGUGUAGUUAUUGUAAGUGUUAGGCAAAAUAGGUCAAUUUUAAACCAGCAAUAUGAGGAGACAACUGUCUGCAGCUGCUGUUAGAGGAACAUGUUCAGUCCCAAAGCUGCUGGAUAAAAGAAUAGAUUUAUGCUCUCAUCUUUAAAAUCCUCUCUUCAUAAAUGCUCCAUUAUCAGGGGUACCUUAAAAAAAUAUUCACGCACAUGAAUUACUAUUAAUACUUAAUAUCACAUGGAAUCUGUGCAGCUUGAUAUUAAUAAAUCGUAUGCAUAAUUCCUGCCCUCAAUUGCUGCAGGUGCAUUAGUGCUGGUUUAGAAUACAGCACCUGUUUAAUUCAGUUUUAAGCCCUGAAUAAAAUGAAGCAAAUAAACAGGCUACAGUUUUUUUAUACUAAAUGUUUAGCUGUGCAGCACCAGCUCAUAAUUGUGCAUCUGUCAUUGUGGUCCAGAAAGACUCAAACAGACAGUUCAAGCAGAUGACUGACAGUUGUCUCCUUCGCUCAGACAUCAAUAUGAACCCUUCCUAUAGAGCAGAUUGAACAAACAUACCAGCACUCUGGAGUUUCAUUGGUUCUAAAUCUAUCUGAGUUGUUAACUGGAAAAAUGUGGCAGUUUUUUUAUUCUUAAAAUAUCCAAUAAAAUCAGUUUCUGAACAAAUGUAUAGCCAGAAAUGGGCCAUACAAUUGCUCAUCCAUUAUUUUAGAGUAAAUGUAUAAGAACGAAAGGUCGAAAAGCACCUUAACAUAUAGUUUAUGUAACAUAAUCACUGAGACAUUUACUGAUAUUCCUUCUAUUCUAUUCUUACCUUUCAGAGUAAGGAAAGUGCAGAUGUCACUAAUAACAUUAACGAGGACCAACAUUCAUAAUACGAGGAGUAGGACCCUUAAUCAGCAAAGUCUUUGUACUUGUUUUACCUUUAUAGAUAUAUAUCAAGGAAAAAAGAUCAUACAACACUAACAAUACAUUAAUAAACCACUCAACAACACAGACUAUCUUCUAUAAAAAAAAAAAAGGUCUAUUACAGUAAGUGUCCCAGGGCUGUAUGUGUGUUAUUAGUUACACCUGUGUGUUUGCUGCAAUGACAUGUCAAAAUGUCUGCUGUGAAAAAGGUUUGACACCUACCUCGGGCUCAAUUGAUUAACUGCACAUGUUUUCUUGAGUCGAAUCUUCAUAAAUGUGUGCAUCAAAAAAUCCAUUAGAGAACAAUCACUGCUUCGGGGGGUUAAUGCUUGCUGCGACUGAGGCCAAACCCCAAUCAGUGGUUUCACUGCAGGUGUUUUGCAUUUGACAAAUGACAGAUUUUCAUGUGGCCACAGGUAUUGUUUCUGACCUAUUUAGUUUAGUUUAGACUGAAAAGCCCUUUACAGGUGACAGGAGUGAUGUCGGGGGAUUGUUCUGUGUUGACAUUGGUUUGCACUCUAGUACAUUUGAGCCAUACAGUAAAUAUUUUCGACAAUCCCUGCAAGGCCCUGAGCACUAUGGCCAGUCUUUGGUGCAACAUUAACAUUAACAUUAAAUUAAAACAAAUCAUGCUAGAAUGCAGAUACAAUUUAAACCUGAUUUAAAAGUGAUUUCUUCGGCCACUGAGCUUUGCGUGGCAGCAGAAAUAAGUUGUGAACAAAGCUGACGUAUUGCCUUUUAAGUUGAUGUGGCGAACUCAUUAUGAUAGCAGAUAGUUUAUUUAGACAUCCAGCGGUUAUGGAGAAACAUUAGCAUUCAUUUAGAGUUGUGUUUGUGGUAACCUGAUGAAUUUAAGUCCAAUAUUCACUCUCUUUUAGCUCUGAUUUUGGUCUCCACCAAUUCCUGAGGGAAAUAUUUGGCUCUUCAGUGGCCCCAUGUUUGUCCCUCUCAUGUAUUAGCGUACAUUCAGGUCACAGAGGUUAGACCCAUUAGUUUCUCUAAAAAGGUAAUAAAUGCUAACCCGCGAUGUUUUAAAAACCUAGGGUCAUUUAAAAACACUUGAUCUUUCUCUUUAUUCGGAAACAGAGGAUAAUGCGAUAAUGAGAAGCACACACUGGG